ACGGAUCCAACAUGGCGGAAGAGGAGGUGCAGAAAUUGCAGAAGCACCUGGCUCUGCUCAGGCAGGAGUAUGUGAAGAUGCAACAGAAGCUGGUGGAGACGGAGAGGCGGUGCUCUGUGCUGGCUGCCCAGGCCUCUCUCCCCGGCUCCGCCUCCCAGGCCAAUGAUUCCUUCAUCAGCCGCCUGCUGGCCAUCGUGGCUGACCUCUUCCAGCAAGAGCAGUACAGUGAUCUAAAGGUGAAGAUCGGCGAACAGAGGCUCAGUGCUCAUAAAUUCGUUCUGGCUGCCCGCUGUGAAAUCUGGAGUUUAGCCAACCUGGCCUCCACCUCAGAACUGGAUCUCUCAGAAGCCAAACCAGAGGUUGCCAUGGCAAUGCUGCGCUGGGCUUACACGGAUGAUCUGGAGUUGAAUGGGAACGAUGGCUUCCUUAUCGACCUGAUGAAGUUAGCCAACCGCUUCCAGCUCCAUCUCCUACGAGAAAGAUGUGAGAAAGGAGUGAUGUCAUCAGUGAACGUGAGGAACUGCAUCAGGUUCUACCAGACAGCCGAAGAGCUGGACGCCACAACAUUGAUGAACUAUUGCGGAGAGAUCAUUGCCAGUCACUGGGAUGACUUGCAGAAAGAGGACUUCAAUACUUUGGAUGCUCAGCUGCUCUACAAGAUGAUCAAGUCCAAGACAGAGUACCCCCUUCACAAAGCUAUAAAAGUGGAAAGGGAAGAUGUGGUCUUCCUUUAUUUAAUAGAGAUGGACGCCCAGUUACCAGGAAAGCUGAAUGAGGUGGAUAAAAAUGGAGACUUGGCACUGGAUCUGGCUCUGUCCAAGAAGCUGGAGAGCAUUGCCACCACACUUGUAAACAACAAGGCAGAUGUAGACAUGGUGGACCAGAGCGGCUGGAGUCUUCUACACAAAGCCAUACAGAGAGGCGAUGAAUUUGCCUCCACUUUUCUUAUCCGACACUCCGCGCAGGUGAACGCUGCCACAGUGGGGGCAGUAGAGACGCCUCUGCACCUGGUCUGUUCCUUUAGCCCUAAGAAACACAGUGAUGAGGUUAUGGCUGGCAUGGCCCACAUUGCUGAGGCUCUGCUCAAAGCUGGUGCCAACCUAAACAUGCAAAACAGCAAAGGACGAACGCCAUUACAUGAGGCUGUGGUGUCUGGAAAUGAGCCAGUCUUUAACCAGCUGCUGCAAUGCAAACAGCUUGACCUGGAGCUGAAGGAUCAUGAAGGCAGCACUGCACUGUGGCUGGCCUUGCAAUAUAUCACUGUGGCCUCUGACCCCUCCGUGAACCCCUUUGAGGAUGAGUUCCCUGUUGUAAAUGGAACCUCAUUUGAUGAGAACAGCCUUGCAGCACGGCUCAUACAGAGAGGGAGCAAUCCUGAUGCACCAGACUCCAAUGGGAACUGCCUUAUGCAGAGAGCAGCUAUGGCAGGAAGUGAAGCAGCCGCUAUCUUCCUGGCCACACAUGGAGCUAAAGUCAAUCACACCAACAAAUGGGGUGAAACCCCGCUCCAUACAGCGUGCCGCUUUGGGCUGGCGGAGUUGACAGCAGAGUUGCUCCAGCAGGGGGCAAACCCUAACCUGCAGACCCACUGUGCCCUGCCUGAUGGAGGUGAGAGGAGCCAGGGCAUCUCCCUACAGAGCCCGCUCCACCUUGCCAUUGUUCACAACCACCCAGAUGUGGUGUCUGUUAUACUAGAGCAGAAAGCCAAUGCACUACAUGCCACCAAUAACCUGCAGAUCAUCCCAGAUUUCAGUCUUAAAGACUCAAUGGAUCAGACUGUCCUGGGUCUUGCACUCUGGACUGGUAUGCACAUUAUUGCUGCACAGCUCCUGGGGUCUGGAGCAGCCAUUAAUGACACCAUGUCUGAUGGACAGACUCUGCUGCACAUGGCCAUCAAGAGACAGGACAGCAAGAGCGCCCUCUUUCUUCUGGAACACCAAGCCGACAUCAACAUCAGGACUCAGGAGGGGCAGACGGCCCUGCAGUUGGCCAUCAGUAACCAGCUCCCACUGGUGGUGGACGCCAUCUGCACAAGAGGAGCCGACAUGUCAGUGGUGGAUGAGAAGGGUGAUCCUCCACUCUGGCUUGCUCUGGAGAAAGGUUUAGAGGACAUUGCGUCCACACUGGUCAGGCAUGGUUGUGAUGCAACAUGUUGGAGUUCAGGGCCUGGAGGCUGUCAGCAGACUCUUCUUCACAGAGCCAUCGAUGAAAACAAUGAGGUCACCUCCUGUUUCCUUAUAUGCAGUGGCUGUGAUGUGAACAGCCCCAGGAGGCCUGGCCCUAACGGUGAGGGAGAUGAGGAGGCGAGAGACGGACAGAGCCCGCUGCAUAUGGCUGCGUGCUGGGGUCUGGAGGAGGUUGCACAGUGCCUUCUGGAGUUUGGAGCUAAUGUUAACGCACAGGAUUCAGAGGGCCGUGCUCCCAUCCACAUCGCCAUCAGCAACCAGCACAGCGUCAUCAUCCAGUUGCUCAUCUCCCACCCUGAGAUCCGCCUGAACAUCCGUGACAGACAAGGAAUGACGCCGUUCGCCUGUGCCAUGACCCACAAGAACAACAAGGCUGCUGAAGCCAUCCUCAGUAGAGAGCCUGGCGCUGCCGAACAGGUGGACAACAAAGGUCGCAACUUCCUGCAUGUGGCCGUGCAGAACUCUGACAUAGAGAGUGUGCUCUUUCUCAUUAGUGUACAGGCCAACGUGAACUCCAGAGUGCAGGACAGUGCCAAACUCACACCUCUACACCUGGCUGUGCAGGCAGGAUCUGAGAUCAUCGUCAGAAACCUGCUCCUAGCUGGUGCUAAAGUAAACGAGCUGACCAAACAUCGUCAGACUGCGUUGCAUCUCGCUGCACAGCAGGAUAUUUCCACAAUCUGUUCUGUCCUGAUCGAGAAUGGCGUUGACUUCGCUGCUGUAGAUGAGAAUGGAAACAAUGCUCUUCACCUGACAGUGAUGCAGGGACGUCUGAAUAAUGUGCGUGCUCUACUCACCGAGUCCAACAUAGAUGCAGAGGCCUACAAUCUCAGAGGCCAAUCUCCAAUGCAUGUCCUAGGCCAGUAUGGGAAGGAGAAUGCAGCAGCCAUCUUUGAGCUGUUUUUGGAGUGCAUGCCCGAAUAUCCCUUGGAUAAACCUGACAACGAGGGGAACACUGUGCUUCUGUUGGCCUAUAUGAAAGGUAACGCCAACCUGUGUCGCGCCAUCGUGAGGGCUGGAGCUCGACUGGGCAUCACUAACAAUCAGGGCAUAAGCAUCUUCAACUAUCAAGUUGCCACCAAGCAGCUUCUGUUCCGUCUGCUAGAUAUGCUGUCCAAAGAGCCCCCAUGGUGUGAUGGAUCAAACUGCUAUGAAUGUAUGACCAAAUUUGGAGUCACCACUAGAAAACAUCACUGCCGCCAUUGUGGGCGUCUGCUCUGCUAUAAGUGCUCUAUAAAAGAGAUCCCCAUCAUCAAAUUUGACCUGAACAAACCCGUGCGCGUAUGCAACAUCUGCUUUGACGUGCUGACAUUGGGUGGUGUGUCCUAACACACCAGAGCAUGAAGGACGGGCACCAGCCAAGCUGAGCAUGAACCUGCCAACUGGGCCUAGCACUAACCAAGGAGGAUAGAGAAAUGGAGUGAGACCGAGAGGAAGAGCCCCUGAACAAAACCAUUCCAUUCUUGUCAAAGGAAAAAAAUACAACCAUACCAAUGUGUGUUUGUUCUAGCAGUAAUUUUUAGAACCAAACUAUUAUGUGUUGAGGAUCCAUAUUACAAUUGUGGAACUCAGAUGCAAAUUAAUAUUGUAGAUCCAAGUUCACUUUGUAUCCAGACUGAAAUAAUACAAGAAAGCAACCAUCAUUUACCACUUUUAAAGUACAAGAGUCUCUGAUGAGACCGUAAAGGUUUUAGAGAGGGCUAACCGUGCUAUAUGGAGACUUAAUAAUUUAAUUGUUACUUCACAUUUUCCAUUGGAUCUGGACCUGCCAGUACAUGAUUCUCACAUGCAGUCAUGUCGUCACCACCUCUCGACUGUUGUUCAACAUUUUGAUUUAACCCUGUGGUUACAGAGGUUUAUGCAGCCCCUCUAUUGUUUGAGAAUUCCAAGGAAAUUUUAGAAGCAAUUAUUUUUUAUUGAAUGCUGCUGAACAUGAAGGGAAAUUUAAAGGGUAGCCAUUAGCGUGAAGCCUUAAUUGUACUGUUCAGCAUUUUGCCUUUCAGUUUUUAACACAUUUUUACCUCUCUGGAAAAGUAUACACAAGAGAUUUAUAUUUUUCUGGAGUUCAAAUCAAAGCACUACAAGAGAUGGAAAAAUUCACUUUGCCGUGAUUGCGUUUUUGUUGCGUUGUAUGACUGGCUAUGUGACUCAGUCAUCUAUUAACCUCCAUAUUCAGCAGACUUUAUUUUAACUGAUCCAUUAGCGUUUACAUAAUACUAAAAAUUGUGAAACACUUCAAAUGAAGAUAUUCUGACAUGAAAUCUAAAAUCGUUCCUUGUGAUUCUAUUAAGCCACACAGGGGUUUUAAGUACAGAAUUACGAUAUGCUUACAAUGCAUAUGCAUAACAUCAUUUGUAGCCUGUUCUUUUCGCUACUGUAUCAUAAUCAUGAGUUAUUCAUUUCUGAUCACCAAAGGAUACAUUCCAGUUAAAUGUUUGCCAUGUAAGCUAGUGCUGGAGAAGCUGCUAGCUUGGUCAUUGUUUUCAAGUCUUCUUGGUGCGCAAAAUGUCAAUAUUUUAACCUGUCACAUUUUAAAUGCUUUUUAAUGUUCAUGCUUAACAGGUGCACUUUAUCAAAAUCCUUUUUUUUUUUUUUUUUUUUUACAUUUCAGAUUAUUUUUGGGGGGAGGGCCAAGUCCACAGUCUGUCAUUGGUAUUGUUAAAUUGUACAGAUACAUGUAUAAUAUUUUUGAC